CACCACCCGGGCCGGACACGCGAACCUUGGCUCACAGGGAGGCGGCCUCCAGCACCCCGCGCACGCCUGGAGGGGGCCGCGGGAGCCUCACAUUGCCACCGCCGCCAUGGGACCUCUCGCCAAAAUAGUGAUAAUCAAUGACAACACACGGGAUUACAGGGCUGCCCGGCCCCCGCGGCCCGCAGCCCCGUGGCUCACGUGAUGGGGCAGGCUGGCGGUGUGGUGGGCAUGGUGGCGGGGCCGGGGGGCGGCCGUGGGCGGCGAGUGACCAGCGGGAGGGCGUGAUGGCCCGCCCUGCUGCCUGGCCGGGCGCGGCGUCCGAGUGCCGUGGUGUGCUGCCCCGGGCCAGGGCCUGCUGCCCAAGGCAAGGGUCAGGCCUGCUGCCCAAGGCAAGGGUCAGGCCUGCUGGCCAGGGCCUGCUGCCUCCCACUACAGGGGGCGGCAGGCCCCUGCGUCAUGGUCAGGCUGGGGCCUUGGCUGCUGUCAACCCACAAAAAAAAAAAGAAAAAAAAAAAACUUCCAUUGCUGCUUCCCUUUGGUGUUUGUGUUCUUCCCUCUGAUAGUUUUUAGUUGAUAUGAGUGUUCUGCUGCCUCACUUAGUCUGUAAACGAGUAUAUAUUAAAUACAAGAUGCCCAGUGCCCAAGGUGGUGGUAUAAUGAGGGUUGAGGGGGCAAGGCCCCCACACUUAGAUUUCUUACAUAAAUGCACCUGUCUGCUAGUGACCCCAAGGAGGGCCAGGGGUGUGUAGCCCCCUGUUAGUUAGAGUGGAACACUGCUGUUGUAUUUUAGCCGCGGUGGGCUGUGGGUUGUGGCUGCCUCGGGACACCAUACGACAAGGAUGGCAGCGAGGGCAGCAACACGGUCUUCAUUGACACCUCGGCCCUCGGGGAGUUGUCGAGCCAGCUGACACCACAGGAUCUUGAGAGUCUGGUGGGCUUCAACAUCCACCAGUCAGACCUCGAGGCCCUGCAGGAUGCCGCCGAGGCUCAUGUGGUGGACACGUCGGGGGUGCUCAUAUCGGAUGGGGUGGCGGUGGGCAACAUAGUGGAGGUGGAUGGGGGUGAGGGCGGUGUGCUGGAGGAGACGCAGCAGCUGGACACCCACGGCCACCACCAGCCCAUGGAGGUGGACUCGCUCACCGACCAUGACCAGGUCAUCGGCGAUAUGGACAUGCUGCAGGGGAGCGGUGAGCUGAUGAGCAUGGCCGGGGAGGAGCUGGCAUCCGGGGGGGAGGGCACCACCACCUCGGCCCUGUUGGCGGCUGUGUCCUCUGGUGACUCCUCCUCCUCCUCCUCCUCACAGAUAGUCUUGGAGGCGCCCCAGCUGAUCAAGAGCCAGGGCCAGUUUGUUGUCCUGCAGCAGAACCAGCAAAACAACAUCUCGCUGGGCUCGAUGACCAACCGCAUCAUCACGUCGGGCGGCCAGGUGGUGAGCACGGUGUCGGGCCUGAGCAGCAGCAACAACAGCAAGCCGGUGGUGGUGAACACGUCUCAGCUCAGCGGGGGCGUGCGCCAGCAGAUGGUGGUCACCUCCCAGGCCCACCCGGUGCGCACAUUGCAGUUCAAACAGUCCUCGCAGGCACAAACACACAGCAGCAGUGGGACGGUGACCAAGGUGAUCAUCAGCAGCCAGGCCGGCGGCGGCAUCAGCAGCAUGGGCGGCCAGCAGGUGCGCCUCAUCACCAGCCAGAGUAGCAGUUCGGGCUCUUCCACCACGGCCUCGCCCGCCAAGCUAACGCUGCAGCAGGCACAGCAUGUUGGCUUCAUGCCCCCCACCAAGCCUCUCUCUCAGUCCCCGAACAAGAUUGUAGUGCAGCGGGUGAGCAUGGGUGGCAUGUCCCCCGUCAAGAGUCCCAGCAAGUUGGUCCCUGUCUCUCUGGCCUCCAAGUCACCCACCAAGAUUGCGCCGGCCCCGCCCUCGUCACAGACGCUGACGCACCAGGUGAGCAGCAGUGGGGCCGUCAGGAACAUUCUCUCAAGUCCGCAGAAAAUUGUCAUCAAAAGCAGUGUUCCUCAGCCUGGGCAGGGGACCGUCAGCACCGUCCGCAGUGGCCAGAUCGUCACCUCUGGGGGUCAGCAAGUCAUCAAGAUCCCUGCCAGCCAGGUGCAGCAGCUGACGUCACAGCAGCAGAACGUGCAAGUCCUCUCGAAUAAGAUGAACUACAUACGGCUUGUGAGUCCCGGCGUGGGUGGUGGCGGCGGGGGGGGAGGGAGCACCGCCACGUUCAUGCGUCCGACUCCGCCCGCCAACAAGCCUAUCGCACCUGCCGCCUCUCAGCCCAUCAAGAUCAAAGCCAUGCCCAUAGCACCAAACCAGAGCGGCACCAAGCAGCGGGUGAUCAUCCCAGUCUCGGGGUCUGUGACGGGGUCCAACAUGUCCGGCAGCGUGCCACAGACCAACCUGACGCUGCCCGCCUCCGCCUUGCCGCCCGGGGUGCUCUCCAACACACAGCCGGGCUCAGUGGUCAUGAUCCCGGCACACUACAUGUCUCAGCUCCAGUCCAACACGACCAGCAACAGCACAGUCCAGGCGUCCAAUCAGCCCACCCCCGGCACUAUCAUCCCCCACACGCCCAAGCCUCAGCCCUCACGCACAAUCAUAGAUGCUAACGGGAUUAGACCAAGAAAACCCUGCAACUGUACAAAAAGCCAGUGUCUUAAGUUAUAUUGUGAUUGUUUUGCAAAUGGAGAGUUUUGUAACAACUGCAACUGUGCCAACUGCUUCAACAAUCUAGGCCACGAGGAGGACAGGCAGAAGGCCAUCAAGGCGUGUUUGGACAGGAACCCCCAAGCCUUCAGGCCCAAGAUUGGCAAGGGUGGAAGCGACAAUGAGAGGCGACACAACAAAGGGUGCAACUGCAAGCGCUCAGGCUGCCUCAAGAACUACUGUGAAUGCUACGAGGCCAAGAUCCCGUGCUCCAACAUGUGCAAAUGUGUUGGCUGCAAGAACGUGGACAUGACGCCGGCACCAGAGCGCAAGGGGCUGAUGCAGUUGGCGGAGUGUGCCGAGGCGCGCGUCAACCAGCAGAAGGCUGUCAAAUCAAAGUUGCCAUCCUUCUCACACCACUCUCCAAACAAAAUGAUUCUUCCCACCAUUUCUAAAUCCGGGUACUGUCGAAUGAACCAGGAGGUGGUGGAGGCGACGUGCCAGUGCUUGUUGGCGCAGGCUGACAAGGCUGAGAAGACCAAGGUGUCGGCGGCCCAGUUGGAGCAGACCGUCAUCUCGGAGUUCUCUCGAUGCCUCAUGCAGAUCAUCGGCAGCUACACCUCACGAUCCAGAGGCCUGGGGGACACUUAGCAACAGUAGUGGUCCUUCCCUGUACAUAUAUACAUUAGAGUUUUAUCAAGUCAUGUACAUAGUAUGAAGUGAAAUGUAUAUUUUUUUUCUCGCAUUAGUCUGAAAAAAGGAGUGUAUUUUUAUUUGUAUUUAUAAUUAUUUGUCUUUAGUUAUUUUUUUAAGCAAGUUCCCAGUGGAAUGUAAAGUUUAGUCUCGGCCAGAGUGUUGGUUCCCUUUUUUCUCUCUAACACGGAAGAUUUUUUCAGGUUUAUGUAUAAUUUGCGUUCUCUCUCUCCUUUUUGUAUAAACUCUUCACAAAUUA